GCUCACUGAAAGCUUUUAGAACCAGAUCAGUGCAAUGGUAUAAUAGUCUCAGUUCAUUGGCGGAAAAUGAUGAGACUAAAGGACAUUUGGCUGAUAGCAAGGAAAGAAUAUUUCACGAGGAUGAUGCAGAGGAAAAUAGUCCUGUAAGACACUAUUUUUUAAAUCAUCCUAAUGGUUUAUUGAUGGUAGAAUCUGGUGAAAAAAUAAAUUUUCAAAAUAUUGUUUGUUGAUAAAAUACAUCUGAAAAAUACAUCUGUUGAUUAUGGAGACGUAGUGUCAUUUAUGUAUAAUUUUGUUUUCCCGAAGUUACUUUUUUCAAAUGUCAGAGAACUCAGACACGACUUAGCUGGGUAGCAAGUUUUGUAAUAAAAGCGAAUGAAAUGAUUUUACAAAUCAAAUGAUUUCUAAGAAUCAUUAGGUAUUUAUACAUGCAUAAAAUAAUUAAUUAUUCCUUCUGUGUUUCUGGCCAAAACAGCUGAGAAUCAACACUAAAUAAUAGAAGCAGUAAAAAAUGUUGGGCUAAAUGCAUUGGCUUUACGCUGCAGAGUUAUUAAUGUACUCCAUGUCUUUGUUAAUAAAAGAUCGAACGCAUACACACACGUACGUACGUGAGAUACGUACAUGAGAACUGUUAAAUGUUCUCGACAUAGGAAUUUUUUAUUUUUGAGAUAAUACUAAAAUGACGAAAACAUUUUUGGUGAUUUUGGAAAUACCAUUCAUCAUAUAAUAAGGACCUAGAACAGUGAAAAAUGUAACUUCUAAUUUUUAUUGAGUUAAUUUUACAUUUCGCUACAAAUACGAGUAAUUAAACUUUUACAGAAGUAGUGAAUUACGUACGAAACACGUGCUAUUGUACGUGUGCGAUUCACUACUCCCAUAAAACUUACGUUAAUGACUCCCGUCACAUGGACAUUUAACGUGAAAUAUUCUUAACUUUCAUGAUUAUGUAAGUUAAGAAGUUAUUCCAUUAUAAUUCCUUUUUCGUAUUGCCUAUUUUAGUAAUGAAUAUUCGUCAAAGUGAUAAGAAGUUUUUUGAUAGAAAAUUUUUAUCAUCGGUGACCAAUGUGUAAAAUAAUAACUAUUAAAUUCACAAACAAAUCGUUCAAAAACUUGCCAGACAUACCGAAUAAUUAACGUACCAAAGGCGCCAAACGUAAUAGAUAGGAUAUACACCUGAUUCUACGCAGGUUUUCAGUCGCAAAAGUUUGUUGAGAGUGUUAGCUUGCCUUUAUUUGCGUUUCCGAGUAGUCUUAUAUUUUUAAUAUUAAGCUAUCAAAGAAAAUAAUAUAAAAUGAAAUAUAAUCAUUAUCAUUCGUGGCGAAUAGCAAUAUAUUGGGAGAAACUAGCAGGACUCUGGCCUUACCGUGAAAAAGUCUAUAACAAUAUUAUACGUACUUGGCUUCUUUUACUUAUAAUAUCAGUUUCCAUUCCAGUGGCAGCUAAAAUAGUAGAAGAAUUCGGUAUAAAUGUUAAAAUUGUCGUUGAAAAUUCUUUUGGAGUCAUGCUUUGUUUGGGUGUUUUAGCGAAGGUGAUUGUGGCAAUCAGAUUUAAAAAUAAUGUAAGAAUUAAUUCGCAUGUUUAUCAAUAUUCAUUAUUUACUUUAUCACUUCAACUUUUAAAGAGAAAGCAAAUCUACGAUACGAUUUUCAAUCAUAUUAGUACCAUCCGUGAUCUAGAAGAAGCAAAAGUCUUACAAGAACAUUAUGAUUACGGACUCCGAUUUAGCUUUUAUUAUGAAGGUAUCAUAAUGGUUCUUGUUAUAUUGUUCCACUGUUUUCAUAUUUUAAUAGUUAUUUUUAACUAUUUCUUUAACGAAAGCGAUAUGAUAAAAAUGAUUCCGUUUCAUUUGGAGUACUUUGUAGAUGAAGUAAAAUAUUUUUAUUAUAUAUGUGUUCACUUAAUGGUUUCUUCUAUUGCUUUCUUCGUUGGUAUCUUUGCCUUUGACUGCGCUUUUUUCAUGCAAAUACAACACAUUUGUGCUUUAUUUAAAAUCGUUACACUAAGACUGGAAAGAACAUUUAAAUGGGAAACUGAAGACAAUUUAAAUAUUUGUAAUUCGACGAAGAAGAACAAAAAAGUAUAUAAUUGUAUUUUAUCAGCAAUCAAGCUUCAUUUAGAAGUAAUAAAGAUGGUAGACUCAAUUGAAGAAAUUUACAAUAUUUGCAUGUUUGUAAUACUUGUAGAAAAUAUGGUUGGAAUUGGAGGUAGUCUCUACAUAAUACACAUGUAUGCAUAUGAUUUACUUCAAGUAGUAAAAUAUUCAACAAUCUUCAUAGCAGCUGUUGUACAUUUCUACGUAAUGUUUACGCAGGGUCAAAAUAUCAUAGACUCAAGUUUAUGUGUAUUUAAUGCUUGCUAUAACUGCCCUUGGUAUAGCUGGAAUAAGAAUUUACGCCAAAUGUUGUUCAUAAUUAUGGCACGGAGUAUAAAAUCAUGUAAGAUUACGGGUGGAUUAGUUUUUGUUAUAUCUAUGGAAACAUAUGAGAAAAUGAUGAAAAUUGGGUUUUCAUGCUACGCUGUAUUUAAGAUGCGAGAAGAUUUUUCAUGAAAGACUAUUAAGAACAUAGAAAACGUUUUUUAAAUUACAUUACACUUAAUUAACUAAUGAAAACAAUUACUCAUGCCGGAACUGUAGAAAAUCCAACAGGAAUAACCCAAAUUCUUAAUUAUAAAGCUCAUAUUUACCACGUAAAGUAAUAAUUUAUACAAUUACUAUAUGGAGUCUCUGAUAUAUUGGUUUUAAUAUGAAUUCUGAGUUUUGACACCCUUACAACAUACACACAUAUGAGAGCGUUUGGUCACAACUAUUAUCGGAAGAGCUUUAAAGUUAUGACUGAUAAUAGGCUUCAAUUCAUUAAGUUGAUUGAGCGAGUCAUUUAUUCAAGAUUUAUAAUUUUACAAAUUUCUUCAGCAUUAAUAGAUUUUUUCACGUAAUUAUUUAUGGUAUAUACGUUUCCUUAAAAUGAUAAAUUCCGAAAAAGUGCUUGCAUAUUUAUUACAGGUUUCAAUUCAAAAGUGAUCUUAAGAAAUGAAUUUUCAAUAGAAAAUAUUUGGUUGAAUUCUACUUCACGUUUAUUUGAAAAAUUUAUUCCAGAAUGUCACAUAAGUUUAAAAAAUUAUACCGUGUAAAUUAAUUGUAAUUAAACUAAUUAAUUAUGUAUAUUACAAAUGUAUAUUGUAUA